UCAGGAGAAACUUAAGCCCCACCCCGCUCUGUUCUGAUUGGAUGACGCCUGUGUUAUUAGAUUACAGUACUUCAACUUCACAGCAGCAUCCGAGCUCUCCAAGUCAAGCUCGUGCAUGGCCCCAGUUAUCACCAUGACCUCUCUCGACGCUGUUUUGAAAGCUGAAGUGAUUUUAGGAGAUAAAGGAGAGAUGCAGACCAGCAUCAGUGUGGAGCAGGACGAGAGACCGAAGAUCCUCCCGUUCAGUGUUGAAGCGCUGAUGGCAGAUCGGAGACCGAGCAGCUCUUCCGCCGGAACCUCGCAUGCUCUCAUCCCGGAGGCAGACUCAGACCGGGCCGGUGCUCGUCUAGCAUUCUCUGUUGACGUUCUGAAACUGCACGAGAGCGCGCCGGUGAAGGCGCAGAGCCCGGAGCGCGCGGAGCGGAGCGCGUGGAUUCAUCAGCUCUCUCCCCGGCGUCUCAGUCCUCCAGCGUGUCCUCUGAGAAAACACAAAACCAACCGAAAGCCUCGGACCCCGUUCAGUACGUCACAGCUGCUCGCGCUGGAGCGGAAGUUCCGUCAGAAACAGUAUCUGUCCAUCGCAGAACGGGCCGAGUUCUCCAGCUCGCUCAGCCUGACCGAGACUCAGGUGAAGAUCUGGUUCCAGAACAGACGAGCUAAAGCCAAGCGGCUCCAGGAGGCCGAGCUCGAGAAGAUAAAACUGGCCUCUAAACCGAUGCUUCCUCCCGCCAUCGGCUUUUCAUUUCCAGUCGGUGCUCACGCUCCGGCUUCAUACACGGGAUCGCAUCCGUUUCACAGACGCUCGGUGAGCGUGACUCCGGUGGGACUGUACACACACAUGGGAUACAGCAUGUACCAUUCAGCUUAAAGGACGAUCCAGUGCAUCUGAAUCUCAGCGAGGAAAUG